AUGUACGGUGCUCCUCAGCCAGGCUACAGCGCACCAGUCCCGCAGUAUGGCUACCCUGUCCAACCGCAGCAACCGCCUCCCGUCGACAUUGGCUCGGAUCCCGCUGCCUUUGCAGACAUGUACAAUUCGCACCUCAAGUCGCUCACCUUCAACUCGAAGCCCAUCAUCACAAACCUCACCGUCAUCGCACACGACCAUGCCACGCGCAUGUCCAACGUUGUCGCAAAGUGCCUCGACGACCACAUCAUGCACUCGCAUCCUUCUGUCCGCUUGCCCGCACUCUACACGCUCGAUUCCAUCUCCAAGAACAUCGGUCACCCCUACACGCAGCUCUGGUCCGCCCGCAUCGUUCCCAUCUUUCUCGAAUCGUAUCGUCUCGUGGACCAACCUACAAAGUUGCGCAUGGAAGAGCUAUUGGGCACGUGGAAGACCGCCGGCCCUGGUGCGCGUCCCUUGUUUGGCGACAAUGCGCAGUGGAGUAUAGAGAGGGCCUUGUUCGGCAGCCAAGGCAUGCCUCAACCCAAUGCGGCGCCCGUGGCCGCCGGCGUUGCAGAUCCUCGUGCGAACGCUGCUCGAUCCAAGUCGAAAGCCAUCGAGAACAUCGACAGAUUGCUUGCCGUGGACGGCCAGUCGCUCGCUGCUAACCCUUCCGACCAAGCCUUGCAUGAAAGGGUCGACUCGCUCGCUCAGCUCAAGCAAGUCAUCCUCACGGCAAACUUGUCCGCUGACGAGAUGGCUCUGAUCCACGCUCAGCUAGACAGUCUAUCGGCAGCGACGCAGCGAUCCAAUCCGGCCGGACAUGCGGCUGCUAUGCAUGGUCAGCCGCUUCCUCCAGCACCCACGCCACAAGCUGCAGCACCUGCUGCUGCGGCGACGCCGCCUGUUGUUCCACAAGGACUGUCGGGAGCGCUGGCAAACCUCUCCGCGCUGACCGGUGGAGGACCCACAGCAACCCCCUCACAAGCGCCACCGGCCAACAACGCAGCUGCUUCCCUUUUUGCGUCUCUGAUGCAAGCAGGUCUUCUUCCUGGCUCAUCCAACCCCACUUCUGCAGCCGCCACUCCCCCACCCGCCGUCGAGAGGGAUCAAGAUGAAGACUACGUAGCCGCCAUCCUGGCGCUUGACAUCAAGACGUCUGGACUCGAAUUCAACCGCGAACCACCAGCCUCGUACGAAUUGAUCUUGCACAAGCAUCUUCCCCUCCAAUGCCGACAGUGCGCCAACCGUUAUCCCACCGGCUACAAGGGCCAAGGACGAAUGGACGACCAUCUCGACUGGCACUUUACGCAGAAUCGUCGUGCCAAAGACUCGGCCGCACGCGGCCAGUCACGAUCCUGGUUCGAUCGUCUGGAAAGCUUCAUCCGCGGAGGAUUUGACGAUUCCGCACCCUCGCACAAAUCUUCUGCCACCGGCGGCAACUCAACCGACCGCGACGGGAAGUCCUUCUCCGCAGCACAGGACAAGGCGCUCAAGGAAAAGUUCGCCAAAACAUUCGUCAUCGCCCCCACAGAUGCCGAGCUGGCAGCCAAACCGUGUGGGAUCUGCAAAGAGUCGUUCAAGUCGCAAUGGAGUGAGGACGAGGAGGAAUUUGUCUGGCUGAACGCGAUCAAGGUGGAGGACGCAGCUGGAGCGGAGGUGUACUACCAUGCGAGCUGUCAUUAUUCGGCCAAGAGUUUGACGGACAGUGUUGCGGGCGAUGGGAGGAGGACGGCGAGUGUGGGUGUCAAGAGGAGGAGUGCGAGUAGGACGGCGACGCCUUCUGCGGGUGCGGUGGGGAGUGGGAGGAAGAGGAAGAGUGGGAUCGCGGAGGAGGAUGAGGUGGCAGAGGAGGAUGGGGAGGGUCCGCCGAGUAAGAAGUCCGCUGCGUAG